AUGGCGUCUUCUCUCGCAUCAUCGCUUUCAACGAUCCAAAGGCGAUGUUGCUGUUUAACUCUCAGGGCUCUCACUUCAAAGAAGCCACACUCUUCUUGUUAUCAUUGCUAUCGACAUUUCAAUCAAGGGUCCUUCAAAAAGAGGAACUUUCCUCUCACUCUAUCAAGAAACUUCUCUCAGCCUCCCGUUUCUAAGACCACUCAAGGUCCUGGUCUUCACCACUUUGUUGCUCAAGCUGCUUCUGCUGCCUCCGCCUCUCGAACACAGCCCCAGUUUGUGCCAGCUUUAGAAGUCCCACCAGAUAUUGAAAUUCCACCAAAAGGCCGUAUUUAUCAUGAAACUUAUGGGUGUCAAAUGAAUGUAAAUGAUAUGGAGAUUGUCCUAUCUAUCAUGAAGAAUGCUGGAUUUAGUGAAGUUGUAGAUGUUCCAGAAAGUGCGGAGAUCAUAUUUAUUAAUACAUGUGCUAUAAGGGACAAUGCAGAGCAAAAGGUGUGGCAGAGACUUAAUUACUUCUGGUUUCUAAAGAGACACUGGAAGAGCAAUGUUGCUAUUGGAAGGUCACAGUCACUUUAUCCACCAAAGGUUGUUGUGUUGGGUUGUAUGGCUGAGAGGUUAAAGGAUAAGAUAUUAGAUGCGGAUAAGAUGGUUGAUGUGGUUUGUGGACCUGAUGCUUAUAGAGAUUUGCCACGAUUACUGGAAGAGGUUGAUUAUGGUCAGAAAGGGAUCAAUACUCUCCUUUCACUUGAAGAGACUUAUGCAGAUAUUAGUCCUGUGAGGAUCUCCAAAAAUUCUAUCAGUGCUUUUGUGUCAGUGAUGAGGGGUUGCAAUAAUAUGUGCUCGUUUUGCAUUGUUCCUUUUACUAGAGGGAGAGAGCGAUCACGUCCUGUGGAUUCAAUAGCGAAGGAGGUGGCAGAACUCUGGAAGGAAGGUGUGAAAGAGGUAACUCUUCUUGGCCAGAAUGUAAACAGCUAUAAUGAUGCAUCUGGGAUUGAAAAGGAAGUUGAACCUGGGAUGAAUUGGAAGUUUAGUGACGGUUUCUCCAGCAUUUGCAAGGUGAAAAAGAUGGGUUUACGUUUUUCAGAUCUCUUGGAUAGGCUUUCCUCUGAAUUUCCUGAAAUGAGGUUCAGAUACACAUCACCACACCCUAAAGAUUUCCCGGAUGACUUGUUGUAUGUAAUGCAGGACAGACAUAAUAUCUGCAAAUCUAUCCAUUUACCUGCUCAAACUGGGAGUAGCACAGUUCUUGAAAGAAUGCGUAGGGGAUAUACGAGAGAGGCAUACUUAGAUCUUGUGCAGAAAAUCAGGAGAAUUAUUCCAGAUGUAGGGUUAACCAGUGACUUCAUAUGUGGUUUCUGUGGUGAAACAGAAGAGGAACACAAAGAUACGCUAAGUCUUGUAAAGGCUGUUGGUUAUGAUAUGGCAUAUAUGUUUGCUUAUAGCAUGAGGGAAAAAACCCAUGCCCAUAGGAACUAUGUUGAUGAUGUUCCUGAUAAGGUCAAGCAGAGGAGGCUUACUGAAGUCAUCGAGGCUUUCCGUGAGAGCACAGGUCAGUGUUUUGACUCUCAGAUUGGAUCUGUCCAACUUGUUUUAGUGGAAGGGCCCAACAAGAGAGCUCCAAAGACAGAACUUAUUGGCAAGAGUGAUAGGGGCCAUAGAGUUUUAUUUACCAAUCUGCCACUGCCAAGUCGAGAUGAGAAUGGAAGUCCAGCACGGAACCCCAUAGUUGGGGAUUAUGUGGAAGUUCAUAUAUUGAAAUCGACACGUGCUUCACUCUUUGGAGAGGCACUUGCUAUUACCACACUGAGUUCAUUUUACAACAAUGUCAACCAAGAAGCUGUUGCCUGUGCAAGCUGA